AUGCCUGGCAAACGUCUUCUAGUCGAGAUAGCUUCGUACAACACGAAUUUACAAGGCGAUGAAGGUGUAUCCCAAGAUUUAGUCGACUGGCUCUGUCCGACGCUGGAUGUCUCCCGCGUACGAGAGCGCAAAGCACCGGACAUCAUCGCAGUAGGCUUCCAAGAGCUUCUACCGUUGCAUCUUGGGUUUGCUGGUCUUUCAAAUGCGGUCAUCAACAACAGGAACACUCAGAUCCUCUCUCAGAUAGAAGCACAUUCUCCGAGCAAGGAGCGGUACUCGUUGAUAGCCAAGGUGGUUAACGUAGGCGUUGCUCUACUUGUCUACGGCCGCGACGACAGCGUGGCGCGUACAGUGUGCGAUGUACAGACGCAGUGGACGGGGUGCGGGCCGGCCUACAUGGGCAACAAGGGCGCCGUAGGCGUGAGGUUCAGAGUACCAGGAGAGGACGGUGGGAUCGGAGAGGUCUAUACUUUUGUGUGCGCACAUCUUACUGCGCAUUCACAUGAGCUGCAGCGACGCAUUCACGAUUUUCACCAUGUUGUUCGCACCCUUAUCUUCCCGGCACUGCCUUUCUCGGAGUCAAGAUCGCCGACAACUAUCUAUUCUACCUCACAUUUAUUCUUCUUUGGCGACCUGAACUUCAGGCUUGCGAUACCCGCCUCCCGCGGACUCGCAGAUCCAUCCCAACGCUCCAGCCUUGUCGAAACAUUGACAGAUGAAGAAGGCCGUCGGAGCUUGAGAGAAUGCGAUGAGCUGCUCGUGGAGCGCGACAUUAAAGGCAGCAUCUUCAUGGGCCUCCGAGAAGGCGAAUUCUGGAGAUUCAACUGUAGCUACAAGUACAAACUGGGAGAGGUUGAUAACUUCGAUCCGAAAAGAAUACCCGCUUGGACGGAUAGGAUUAUGUAUACUACGUUCGCAGAUACCCCCGAUGCAUCAGCAGAGUCUAGCAUCGCAAACCUUCUCUAUACUACGAUACCCUCAUACACGAGAUCCGACCACAAACCAGUUGUAGCUCUUCUCCUCUUACCGCCUUCCGAGCCAACGGCUCCGACACUCCCCGUGCUCCAGUUAGCUCCUGACUACCAUCCUGCACCCGACCCGCUGGCCGCUAUCAAGAGAUAUACCGGCCGGUUGCUCGACCGUGUGUUGGGAUAUGUAUGGUGGGCCAUCGUGCUUCUUGGUGCAGGUUCCACCAUCGUUGGUAUCUGCAACUUCGUUCUGGGCCUAGGCAUCUGGGGCUGGUGGAACUCGAGCUGGUGGAAUUCGAGAGGACAGUCCGCGGAACAGAGUUGA